ACAGGUUGACACUUGACUGAUGAGUUACUGUUCUUGUUUGUGUGCAGUUGUUUACAACGACCAACAAUUUCGCUCCUUACGCUGUCAUGAAAGGUCGUGGUUAAUGCUAGUUAAUAACAGUGUUACAGUUUUCACUUUAUAUUCACAAGCUGGUCAUGAUUUUGUUACUCUUAGUGUUGUUAGAUAGAACCAGAGGGGAAAACGGGUCGCCUUACUGUAGUUUCACGCCAUUGCACACACUCUGCGCGAAUGCAGGUACGGGGCCCGAUUGUGGCAAUCAAGUGGUGUCUGUAGUUGUACGCCCCGAGGAAGCUGCCUUCAUCGUAGCAGAGCACAAUCGACUGAGGUCAAGAGUAGCAACAGGUCAAGAGAGGAGAGGUUCCCCAGGUCCCCAACCUCCCGCGGCAAAUAUGAUGCUCAUGGAGUGGGAUGAGGAAUUAGCACGAGUUGCCCAAAGCCAUGCGGACCAGUGCAUUUUCAUGCAUGAAUGCUCAGCCUGUCGUCGUGUAUCAAGGUUUGGUGUUGGACAAAACCUGUUCACAAGUGCCCAGAUAAAACGAGACAAUACCAUUGAAUGGUCAGUUGUCAUCAACACUUGGUACAAUGAAGUGGAUAUAUUUAACUCAAAUCAUAUUCGACCAUAUCAGUAUACACCUGCCACUGGGCACUACACCCAGAUGAUAUGGUACAACUCGUACACGAUCGGUUGUGGAUUUACUAUGUACAAACAAGGUAGUUGGUGGAGGAAACUUUACACCUGUGAUUAUGGGCCCGGAGGAAAUAUCAUAUUCUCCCAAGUGUACCUCCCAGGUGGUCCUUGUUCUUCUUGCCCUCCGGGUACCUCGUGUUCUCUGCAGUACCCAGGGCUUUGUGGUUACGCUACGACGUUUGUCGUGCCUUCUCGCACACUGAAAGGACAAUCUGAAAGCAUUCCCGAUCCAGACAGCGAGAAUAUUAGCCAAGUUGAAGCUGCCAAACUUACCAGACCAACAAGUAAUAUUACAGAAUCACAAAUGGCAGAGUGGAAUCUUUCUGCUCCGUCGCAAACUGUUGGUAAAGUACAGCAGGCCUCAAAUGUCAGUCACAAGCCUGAAGACCCUUCCACGGGUGAUGGUCAAGAAUUAUGCUUGCUAACCUGCUUAUUUGGAAAUAGGCCUGCAUUUUAUAGAUUCUGUUGGCUGACAGAGUGGUAUUUCAGCCUAAUGCAUCCCCUGCCUCCUUUUGUGAACAUCAUCACUCCAAAACCUGCAAGGGGACCGGAUGUAAUUGUAAGGUGUGACGCUGAUUCUCAGCCUUGUGAAUUCAAGUCACUUAGUCCCAGCUGGAUUGUGCAAGGAAAUCACGGCAGAGGAUCUCAUGUACGCGCCGUUCUAGAAGUAGGUGAAGAAGCCAGGUUCAUGUAUCAUAAGCGAAUGGCAGCCCCUUCGGGAAAGAUCACCUGCGUAUCAGUUUCUCACCUACUCAGUUUUGAGGAUAUUGUUUAUCCAAGUGCCACUGUUACAGAAUUUAUGGUGGUUGUCAGACAGCAGAGAGGUGAGGCUAUAACAGUGAAUUUUGGUGGCACACCUGGAAGGUGGGAGGAGACAAGCAUGUCAAUAAACAGCAUAAGGAGUCCUUACAUUGUCGAGCUGUUCAUUGGUCCCGUUAAUUACAGGGUCACUGUUGCCAUCGGUGCUUUGUAUGUCACAGGUGGUCUCUGCUGAUUGUCCAGUGUAAAAGAAUUUUAUGUUCUCUGUCGAGGUUCUCAAUGACACUUUUUGUCAGAAUAAACAAAACUGGAGGAUGUAGAACUACAUUGUUUUGCCUCACUUUAUAAUAAAACUAGAUUACCUUUA